AAUAAUAGCAUCUCUCUCUCUCUCUCUCUCUCUCUCUCUCUCUCUCGCCUUUUCUGCAUCUGCCCGGUCUGCCCAGGCUCUCAGCAGAUUACAGACCCCUUCUUCUAAGCAUUUUCGGGACAGCAGCAAAGAAAGACAUAGAUAAUGGCGACGAGUUGUUCUGUGGAAUCCUGUGAAGUUGAAACCAGCGACGGCGUGAAGCUUCACACCCGAAUCUUCAAACCUCUACGAGAGCCUGAGGAUAAUUUAGUAAUUGUUCUCGUUCAUCCCUACUCAGUCUUGGGUGGUUGUCAAGCGUUGUUGAGAGGAAUCGCAGCUGGGUUAGCAGAGAGAGGCUACAGAGCUGUGACCUUCGACAUGCGUGGAGCUGGGAAAUCCUCCGGAAGAGCUUCUCUCACGGGUUAUUCUGAAAUCCGUGAUGUUAUCGCUGUUUGCAAUUGGGUUUGUGAGGACAUGUCCACUGAUAGGAUUUUGUUGGUGGGUUCUUCUGCAGGUGCUCCAAUUUCGGGAUCUGCAGUUGAUCAAAUACAAGAAGUCGUGGGCUAUGUGAGUCUGGGUUACCCCUUUGGUAUGCUUUCUUCAAUCCUCUUUGGGCGACACUACAAAACCAUUUUACAAUCCCCAAAACCAAAACUCUUUGUUAUGGGAACCAAGGAUGGGUUUACAAGUGUCAAGCAGUUAGAGAAUAAACUGAAAUCUGCAGAUGGACGCGUUGAAACCCAUCUACUUGAAGGAGUAGGACACUUUCAGAUGGAAGGGCCCAGUUACGAUGCUCAGAUGGUGGAUCUGAUUCUUCAGUUCAUUACAUCCUUGUGACACCAGUUGCAGCACAUACAUACAGCAGAUGGUAAGGGAAUAUGAUUUGGUGUAGUCGAUUUCUGGAUUGGGUUUUGGACAAUGAGAUUCAGUUGUGGCCAUGGAUAGUCUACAGUGUUACUACAGGAAGCUGCAGCACCAACAUAGUAGCAGAUGGUUAGAGAAUAUGAUUUGGUGUGUAGUAGAUUUCUGGGUUGGGUUUGGAAAUGAUUCAGCUGUGCCCCAUGGACAAUCUAGAAUCUUACUACAGGAAGUUGCUUACACUGAACCCAAA